GGUAUUUGCCAUGCAUAUGAAAUGCCACUUUGAUUGUCAAAUUCUAACUUUUUAUGAUCAAAAAACUAAAUGACAAAAAUCUUACUCUAUUUUCAACAGCUAGGUCUAACUUCCUAGAUCGAAAUUUUCUUGAUGAAGACUGGGAUAUAACAUGGAAAAUAGGUCACCUAAAAUGGAUGGCAGUUCUGCUGAUUUUUUGCACCUAGGAAACCAUGAAAUUUCAGACUUCGCUUUUGAAUACCCCUAUUUACAGAAAAUUAGGGUUGCUGAGAAAGUGACAGGCAGAUUCAAUAUCUCAGACUCACCUCCACCAUAUUCCAAGCAAAGAAGAUCAGAGAAUGAUCGUGAUUUUAUAACUCCAGAUGAAACAUGGUAUCCAAUGGGAGGAAGAAAAUGUGAUAUAAGAGAUGUAAUUAACCAACAAGCAUGGUCUUGCUUUGUAACAGAAAAUGCAGAAGAGAGUUUGAGCUGGCUGAGGUUAGAAUUCUUUGGUACUGAUGUUUCUUGUUAUUUCAUUUCUCUUUUACUUUUAUCAUCUAAAAUGAGUACUUUUUGGUUUUCUUUUGUUCCUACUAUUUUGACAGUGAAGAACCAUGCUCUUCGAGUGCAGGUUAUUUUUAUUUCUUGCAAUAGAUGAAUUUUGAUAUUUAAAACUUUUUUUCCCAAUCUUCUAAAAGAAUUUUUUUUUUCCCCACCAACUCAGUAGGCCACUAAUGGGUCACCGUCAGAUUCAGUUGCAAGACGGAACAUAAGAAGAUAUGGCAGGGACAUUAGGAGCCCAGUAAAUAAGUGCAGUGUUGAGAAUAUAUAUGCCACAGAUAGACACUACGAAAAAAGUGAUAAUUUCCAUGAAUGGAAGAAGAUAGAUGAAUCAGGAAAAUUUACGAAAAUGUGUAAUCCAUCAAGUUCAAGCCCAGCCCAUUACUUAAACACUACUUCCCAGAAAAAAUUACGAUCAGAGGACAGUUGUUUGUUCGAGAAAGGAUAUAUUUUCGCUGAUAGGGAUUCAGGAUUCGGUUCAUUUUGCCGAACUUCAGGGGCAAAAAAACGUGCAUCCUCAGGUCCCAUGUGUUGGACUGAAGAUCCCUUUGGUGCAUACCCUCUUCCUGAAUUACAUGCUAAUGCCAAAUCAUCUUUUGCGAGAUCUAUACACAAUGUCCUUCCUAAACUUUCGCCUUCUGGUAGCUUUUCCUUAGAAAAACUUGGAUUUUGCCAACCCUAUAGUAAUGUGCACUCUUAUGAGACUCCUGUUUUCUCAACCAUUGGGUCUGGCCGAUGCAAACCAAAUUUACAUAUGGAUUCCAAUGUUGAAGUUAGACCUCAAGAUUCAUUCCCUGUUUCAGGUUCUUAUCGUGAUGCAGAGUUUCUCCGUGUAUUAGUGGAAGAAAGUGUUCCAAAAAAUGGGGGAAAUAGAUCAGAAAUCCGGCCAACCAACUGCAUGCAAUUUGAGCUAUAGAAAGACAUCGGCAUUGGGAGCAAUGAGUUGUCUUCGGAAAAUGGACAGUCGUUAGAAGCUUCAGGUUCAAAGGACAACUGCAGUGACUGCAAUGAAGCAAAAGGUUUAACUACAGAAUUGGAGGAACGAAAAGCAACCGGAUCUCCUGAACACGCAGAAGAGAUAUCAUCUUCUGUGAAGAUACGUUACAAGUUUGAGGGGAGUAUUGAUGAAAAAGAGUAAGUGAGACAAUUGAAAUAUACUUCUCCACUUUUCAUUCUUAUCUACUGUUGUUAAUGAGGUUUACGGCAUUUGCAGAUGUCACUGUGAUACUCAAAAUUCCGUUCCAUGUCAAAACGGAAGUAUAGGUAGCUUAUACCUUUUUUUCCAUGGCCUUUUUUCUUGAACUACCCUGUGUUUUGACUUCGUUAGUUAUUCCUAUGUUUUGUCGAUUUCUAUAUCUUUAACCUAUGAAGCACGGAUACGGGUAUGAGUACUAGUACUGGUACGAUACGAGUACGUCGAUAUGAUAAAAUUCAAAAAAAAGUAGGGUACAGGUACGGGUACGGCUUAGUACGUUUGUUAAAAAAUAUUUAUUUUUAAUUUAGAGUAAUGCAAAAAUC